AGAAGCACACGAGGAGCAGCGGCCUUUCGUCGUUCACGUUCAGUGUGGCACCAGCAAUCAAAGCACGAGCAUCGCCAAGCACCCGAAAAAGCAUCCCCGGCACCAACAUGUCAUUCCUCAAGUCCAUCUGGCGCGGAUCUUCCAAGCACAAAAAGCUCUCCGAGGACUUUGUGCUUGGCAAGCAAGAAGCAGAGUCGAACACGAACCUCGAAGGUGUCUCGUUCGACGUCAAAUAUCUGGGCAGCACCUUGGUCGAGACCCCGAACGGCGAGGGCUCCACCGCCGAGGCCAUAAAAACCGUCAUCACCAUGGCGAAGGCGAGUGGCAAAAAGCUGCCAAGGGUGAGCCUGACGGUCGGCCUAAACGGCAUCAGAAUGGUGGACAACGCCACCGACGAGAUCCACUUGGACGUGUCAAUUUACAGGAUAUCCUAUUGUUCGGCCGACGCCACUUAUGACCACGUAUUCGCUUUCAUCGCCACCAACAGCAACGAGACAAUGGAAUGCCAUGCUUUCCUCUGCCCCAAAAGAAAAGUGGCGCAGGCAGUCACCUUGACCAUUGCACAGUCGUUCACCAUGGCUUACGAACUGUGGCAGAUUUCGCAAACAAAACACGACUCGCUGCCGGAGAAGACGGACAAUAACUCUGACGAUAGGCAGAACGAGGACGACCCAAUCAAAGAAAUGGUCAAAAUCGAGGCCAUCCCGAAGAGUCGCAGCCAUAGUCUUCUGAUUGACCUUUCAUCCGAGGUGCCCUCCUGCGCCGAACCUGCAAACUGGGUGUGCUUCGAGGAGGACGAAUUCGAGAACCUGAACUCGAGUUUCGCGCGUCUGGCGGCGAGCCGGAGCAGCUCGUCGAACACGCCGGUGAGCACCCCUUUGAACCCUCCUCCGCGCUCCAUCAGCCUGGACCCGUCGCCGUCGUCGGCCGGCACCAAGAACCCGUGGAACGAGCAGCACAACAGUAUUGACCUGUUUUGCUCAUGACAGAAACGCGCUCAGUGGACCGACUUCAGCUGAAUUUGAGGAGGAACUAUUCAUGUUUUAUUUCGGAAAGAAGUCAGCAAUGCGUUUAUUUUUACUCGCGAGUGUUUCAAAUUUUAUUCAGAGUUAGCGGAAGUUUCUUUUGAAAUUUCGGAAAGAUGGAAAGAAGUGUUGUAUAUACAUAUCCACCGGCACACAUUUCUAUAUAUUGUAUCUAGCGGAGACAACUUUUAGAGAAAGAUCAAAUUAAUACAAUUAUAUUUCAUCGUGUUGUAUAUAAAUGUGUAAAAUUCGACCACUGCGAAAUGCGGAACCAACAAUUUGAAUCUACAGUAACACCAACAUUCCUACGUCUAUUUUACGGAAUUUAAUUGGAAUAAAACAAAACAAAAAUCUCGUAGUCGAUGGGU